UUAUAAAGAAUUCGUAUGUCGGUAUAUACUGAAACCUUUCUCCAAAUACCGGUCCCCCCCAAAAAGUGUAAGAAGGGUAGGUUUCUACCCGGACCGUUGUUACUUUCACACCAGGUCAAAAAUGUCCCGCCGUAUAGAGAUACUCGGAGAAAUAGAAACUGAAUAGGACGCUCUGUAAUGUCAGAUAAAGAAGUAACGCUAAUGGAAAACUUAGAGGAGACGAGGCUGCGUCUGUGCGAGAAAUUCGCUAAUGUCACUGAGUCGGAUAGCGCUGUGGCUCAAUGUUACCUCGCUGAAAAUGAAUGGGAUAUGGAGAGAGCAUUGAACUCUUUCUUCGAAGCAGAUAUGGAAUCAGUUUUUGACGCUGAGGACACAGAGGAGAUAAAAAACAAUAGACCUUUGAAUAAGAGAAAGAAGACAGACCUUCUAGAGAAGGCUCAUUCUCCUGAAACAAAAAGGAGGAUGAUCUCUGAAAAAGUGGACUGUAUUGACCUGACUGAGGAUGAGCCUGCUUGCACUAGCAGCACCAGUUCAAAAGGCAGUGAGGUGGAGGAAGGUGACCGCAAGCUUUCACUUGUCUCCUGGAAUGUGGAUGGACUGGAUACAUUAAGUCUUGUGGAACGUGCAAGAGGCCUGUGUUCUUAUCUGACACUAUACACGCCAGAUGUGGUAUUCCUUCAAGAACUCAUCCCUUCAUAUGCUCAAUAUAUUAAGAAACGUGCUGUCAGCUAUGUGUUUGUUGAAGGAAAUGAAGAUGGAUACUUCACUGGCAUGUUGCUGAAAAAAUCAAGAGUAAAACUACACAAACAUGAAAUAAUUUCUUACCCAACAACACAGAUGAUGAGAAAUCUUUUAUGUGCCCAGGUAACUUUCUUUGGUCAGGAACUGUAUUUGAUGACAUCACAUUUGGAGAGCUGUAAAGAUCAGGCUGCAGAGAGAAUGAAACAAUUGAAGGUGGUCCUUCAGAACAUAAAAGAGGUGCCAGAUAACACGACUGUCAUCUUUGGAGGGGACACCAAUCUGAGAGACCCUGAAGUGGCAAAGGUGGGAGGUCUACCUUCUGGUGUUACUGACGUGUGGGAGGAGCUAGGGAAACCGGAACAUUGCAGAUAUACAUGGGACACCAAAAUGAACAGCAAUAAGGGUGUAUCUUAUGUUAGUAGGUGUCGCUUUGACCGUAUCUACCUGAGGCCUGCAACAACAGGGCCUCGAAUGUCUCCUGAACACAUGACAUUGAUUGGAAUGGAGAAAUUGGACUGUGGUCGCUACACAAGUGAUCACUGGGGAAUCUACUGCACUUUUACACCUUGAUGUUUGAAAGGAUGGUGUCUUAACUGGCAGUCUUUAAUAUUUUAAGAGCUUUUGCACAAGAAUUAUGAAUGAAAGAAUAUUAUUUCAGUUUGGCUAUUAGAGGCUGCAUCUUUUAUUUAAUUAAUAUUCUGAAGAUUUAGGGGUUGAGUCACAGUUUGGCUGUUUGUUCCUUCUGGUUUUGUCACAAAAUUGACUGUGUCAAAUUUGAUGGAGAUUAGCAGGGUCAAAACUGGUAAGUUUCUUAAGACACAAGUAAAAUAAUGUAGUAGGCAUAUUAAAGGGUGAGCCUUAAACUGCUGAGAUUGUCAUUCUUUAGUUGGUCUUGACAGUUUUGAUAUUUUUAUCUUUUCCUGUAAAUGCUUUUUUUUUAAAUUCAUGAGUAUAUGACUACAUAAAACCUUAAAUAAAGUAAGUAAAUAUUCAAUUUACUAAAGCCUUACUUUAGAAGUUUUUCUUAUUUCUAAUCUAAUUUCUAAAGCACUUUACAUUUUGAGUCCAAAAUAUCAUAGUGUUAACACUAAUAUUAAAUGAGUAAUGUUUAUUAAUGGUAUUAAAUCACACGUUACUGGAAUAAUAUUACUUUGUCAUGGCUGCACAAUAUAUUCUUAAUUAUCAUGCAUGAAAUUAAGAAAAUUUCAUUUUAGCAUGAAAAUAUUUAAAAUGCUGUCGUUUACAAUACUGAAUAGGCAACAGGCUACAAUGUGCUAAAGAGCCAACUAACAAAUUCUAAAAUUUUAUUUGAAAAAUGCUUUGAGCAUUUGACAUUUCUCAGACCCUCAAGGUGAGUGUUUUUUUCUUGUGAUUAAUUGUCAUUCACAUGAUUAAAAUGUAAAUAAUAUAAGCUUAAGUGAAAUUAAUGUGGACCAGUUUUUGUCAUAACACUCAGUUACCAAAUCCUGUACACCUGUCUAGUAGCAUGUUGCGCCUUGUUUAACCUUUGGAACAGCAUGCGUUUGCCCAUGCAUGGAUUCUGGCAUGCAUUGUGCAAGACUGAUUAUAUUGCAAAGUUGAUGCAAAUUGGAUAACUGAACAACUGAACAGUUGUUGAUGGGGUUGAGGUCUGUGGACUGUACAUGUCAUUGAACCAAUGAAAACUUGUUCUAUGUGAUUCUAGGGAUUAACAGUAGCCCUGCUAUACUUUAAUGCUUUAAGAGAUCAGAAAUUGUAGUCAAUAGCCAUAGUUCAGUUUUAUUUAAUUCAGUUUUAUUGCGCUUUUAGCAAAGGCUUUAACAGCUUUACAGGACUCACGGUGUAACCCCCUAAUGAGCAAGUCAAAGGUGACAGUGGCAGGAAAAAUUCAAUAAAAAAAUACUUUUCCUUAAAUUCUUUUCUAGUGCCUUCUAUUAAGGAGGACCCAGACUCAAAAGGGAAACUAUUCUUAGACAAAGGAUAGCAACAAUCAUAAAUAAUUGAUAACAUGUAGGUAAUGUGUAGAUAGAAACAGAUUAAGCAACUCAGCAAACUCUUAUAGCCUGGUAUCCAGGUACUCAGUCUGCUAAUUUGCACAUAAAUAUUGUUCAUGACAACGAAGCAUGUCAGAGGUGAAGGGACUGUGACUAUUGUGUCAUAUUGGGCAAGUUCAGGAGCAGGAAUUAGUCAGGCAGCCCAGAGGACAGAGGGAACAGUCCCAGUAGAAGCACACUGCAGUGCUGCACCAGCAAUAUAUAAUGCAAUAGGAGCACAUGUACAGUACAGCACAGACAUAACAAAUGCACUGAAUGUGCUGAAGUUCCCACAUGACACAUAUAGAUAUAAGUAAUCGAUGCAUAACUUAAUAGACAGCCAGCAUAAAUUGAAUACAGUCAGGGAAAUAACGUCAACAUGGCCAGUCUCUUUUUAUGUACUUUGUGAUGUCUCCUUGUACCUAGCUGAUUUUAAAGUAGCUAUCAACCAGUGAAGAUUGUGGCAAGUAGCUUGGCUAAGAUAGACUUGUAACUCUGUAACCUGGAGACUAAUCAGACAUUAAAAAGGUGACUUGUAUUAACUUUUAUAUCUUAACUAGACUAAAUAUCUUAAAACUAGACUUUUAUAUCUUAACUAGACUAAAUCGUCAUUACAUCUUCAUCUUACUGCCUUAUGUUCUGUGUAAUAACACUAGAUAAUAGAUCCAAAGUACUGCCUUGGGAAUAAUUAAUUUAUUGCCCUUCUAGACACCAUACCAGUCCUUGUACAAAAGUCCAACUUUGUGAUUUAUGGCCCUUUCCUGUCUGUUCAUUUUGUCAUAUGAAAACCACAUCAACAUCUGGAGAAGGUUUGGUGGUGCUCUCAAUCAGUUCAUUUACAUCUCACCUACCGGACUUCACAA